GAGAAUCCUUAAAUUAACUAUGAAAACGGAAAAAGUUAUGGAGAGAGAAGAGAUCGAGACGAUGCCAAUGGAGCCGCUUAGCCCAAUGUCACAUAUGCUAAGUUCGCCAAAUUUCUUCAUUGUGAUAACUUUUGGGUUUAAAGUUAGAUGCAACCCAUCGGCCUUUGUUGAAGGCAUCAACAACUCAUUGAUCAAUGCUCCCAGAUUCUCUAGCAAAAUGGAGAUAGAUUAUAAGAGAAAAGGAGACCCGGUCUGGAUUCCGGUUAAACUUCGAGUAGAAGAUCAUGUUAUUGUGCCGGAUCUUGAAUAUUCCAACAUUGAAAAUCCUGAUCAGUUCAUAGAAGACUAUACGUCAAACAUUGCUAAUAUUCCAAUGGACAUGUCAAAACCUCUUUGGGAAUUUCAUUUACUCAACAUAAAGACAUCAAAAGCAGAAUCUUUGGCUAUAGUAAAAAUACAUCACUCAAUUGGUGAUGGAAUGUCUCUUAUGUCACUUUUACUUGCUUGUUCACGAAAAACAUCAGACCCUGACGCGCUAAUUUCUAAUACCACGGCUACAAAGAAACCCGUUGAUUCCAUGGCUUGGUGGUUGUUUGUUGGGUUUUGGUUUAUGAUAAGAGUCACCUUCACCACUAUUGUUGAGUUUUCCAAGUUAAUGCUUACAAUAUGCUUUUUGCGAGAUACCAAAAACCCUCUUAUGGGUAAUCCGAGUGAUGGAUUUCAAUCUUGGAAGGUUGUCCAUCGGAUAAUAAGUUUUGAGGAUGUCAAGUUAGUGAAGGACACAAUGAACAUGAAGGUGAAUGAUGUUCUUCUUGGAAUGACACAAGCAGGCCUUUCAAGAUAUUUGAGUAGCAAAUAUGAUGGAUCAACAGCCGAGAAGAAAAAGAUCUUAGAAAAACUCCGUGUUCGUGGUGCUGUAGCUAUAAACUUAAGACCAGCAACAAAGAUAGAGGAUUUGGCUGAUAUGAUGGCAAAGGGUUCAAAGUGUAGAUGGGGAAACUUCAUAGGAACGAUUAUAUUUCCAUUGUGGGUGAAACCAGAGAAGGAUCCAUUGGAGUACAUUCGACGAGCCAAAGCAACUAUGGAUAGAAAAAAAAUAUCUCUGGAAGCUUUUAUUUUCUAUGGCAUCAUUAAAUUCACCUUGAAAUUUUUUGGAGGAAAGGCAGUAGAAGCUUUUGGAAAGAGGAUUUUUGGUCACACAUCAUUGGCAUUUUCAAAUGUGAAAGGUCCUGAUGAAGAAAUAAGUUUCUUUCACCAUCCGAUUUCAUAUAUCGCAGGAAGUGCAUUAGUUGGAUCACAAGCUCUCAAUAUCCAUUUUAUAAGCUACGUAGACAAGAUUGUCAUCAAUCUAGCUGUUGAUACAACAACGAUUGCAGAUCCUCAUCGACUAUGCGAUGAUAUGGUAGAGGCACUCGAGAUCAUCAAAUCUGCCACACAGGAGAAAAGAUUUCAUAAAACGGAAGUUUGAAACAAUUAAUCACUUGAUGUUUGAUCACGGUUGUGCAUGUAAUAUAUAAAUAUAUGAAGUUUUCUGUUUUCAAUGAAAAAGAUUAUGUAAU